CACAAAGAGCUGAAAAUGGCCGCAGCUAUCGUGGCUACAACCAGCGGGCUAGGCUAACAGCGCUGUUGUGAUCAGUGUUGCCAGAUUGGGUCAGGUUUCCCUCCAUAUUUGUCCACCUUGGCUGCAGCAAGUCAACAGUGGUGGCCAGAUGGGGCGGGAAUCUGGCCAGAUCUGGCAACACCGGUUGUGAUUUGAAAGAGACGGCGUCACUUUAUUCGUGACGUUGUCAACAUGCGACGCCGACGGUAAUUUCGCGGGAGUCUCGAUGUUGUUCCUUCGUUCCCCCCCUGGUGCAUAAACUGAUGAUCACGUUUAUAAUAGUCCGAAAACGACCAACAACCAACGCGGAAUAACCUAUAGAAAGUCAUGUUCUCCGACCUGAGUGCCUUGCGAGAGAGUUCGACUCUGCUCUGUCGCCCGGGAUCCGAGGACCAGGGGCCGGUGUUUGACAGGGUGCUUCCCGCCUACACCCCCUGCUCUGAACGGUUCAGACUCGGCGACCGGAGCUUUAAUCGUCAAUAUGCACAUAUUUAUGCCGCACGUCUCAUGCAAAUGACGCCUGGGCUCAUAGAGAGAGCCAAGCAGAGAUGGGGAGAAGAUGUAUGCAUUCGGAAACUAUGCGAUCUGCAGACAGGGGAGCAGUGUUGCAUUGUGGGAACCCUGUUUAAGCAUAUGGACCUGCAGCCAUCGAUUCUGAAGGAAAUCAGUGAGGAGCACAAUCUCCUGCCUCAGCCGCCCCGCACAAACUACAUCAGUGAUUCUGACGAACUCAUUCUAGAGGACGAGCUGCAGAGGAUCAUGUUGGAGGGCAAAAUCGACAAAGACGUCUGUGUCACAGGUAGCGUCAUUGUCAUUUAUGGCGCCGAGAAAAACAUUGGGAAGUUCUCGGUGGAGGACUUCUGCACUGCUGAUCUCCCUCCGCAGACUGCCCGGCCUUCGCUGAGCUCUGACCGGUUCGUCCUCCUGGCUUCUGGACUGGGUCUCGGCAGUUCUCGCGCCGACAGCAUGCUCAGUCUGCAGCUGUUGGUCGACAUGGUGACCGGUCAGCUGGGGGACCAGGGGGAGCAGAGUGGGGCGGCCACCAUAUCCAGAGUCCUACUGGCUGGGAACCUCCUGAGCCAAAGCACCCAGGAAAAGGAAGCCUCCAACAAGCCCAAGUAUCUCACCAAGAAGACCCAGGCGGGCAGCGUGGAGGGGAUGCGCCUGCUGGACGAGCUGCUGCGUCAGCUGGUGGCGUCGGUGCCGGUGGAUGUGAUGCCGGGCCAGCAUGACCCCACCAACUACACCCUCCCCCAGCAGGCCCUGCACCGCUGCAUGUUCCCCCUGUCCUCGGCGUACCCCACCCUGCACCUCGUCUCCAACCCCUACCAGGCCGACUUCGACGGCAUCAGGUUCCUGGGCACCUCGGGACAGAACGUGAUAGACAUCCACAAGUACACCAGUAUGACCGACCACCUGGACAUCCUGGAGAACACCCUGAGGCUGGGCCACCUGGCGCCCACAGCCCCGGACACGCUAGGAUGUUAUCCGUUCUACAAGAAGGAUCCUUUCAUUCUGGAGGAGUGUCCUCAUGUGUACUUCUCUGGCAACGCACCGUCUUUUGACUCCAGGACUAUAACGGGUCCUGACGGCCAGCAGGUCCUCCUAGUGACCAUUCCAGAGUUUGCCACGACCCAAACAGCCUGCCUGGUGAACCUGCGGACCCUCGAGUGCGAGCCAAUGAGCUUCUCCUCGUUCUCCCCCGCAGACGAGGAGGAGGACAGUGAGAUGAACGUCAGCCAUUGACGUCUCUUCGCACGCAUACACACAAGCACUGCCGCACACACGCAUGUAAUGUCCAGGGCUCACUUGGAGACUACUCUCAUGUGGAAUUCAGUGUUGUCUCGAACGAGUGUUACGGCAUCAACAGAAUUGUGAAACAGUCUCUGAACAAUGACACUGUUCACUUCAAAGUGCCACUCAUCCAUGUGCUGUAGGCUAAAAACAAUUAGCAUCUUUAAAAUACUUUGAAUGCCAGUGAAUAGCCAUUCUAAGUCUUCACGUGUCACUGAUCUGUUUACUUCCAGAAGAAGAAAGCAUGUGUUUUAGUUUAAGACCUUUUGUGGCAACAGUCUUGAACCACCAGUCAUCACGACGAGCAUCACACAAAAUAAUAUGUAAUAAACUUUCAGCUGUUUUUCUAAAUUGGUAGUUGU